AAUGCCACGGAUGCCUUGGCUGAUGACGGCGAUGAUUCAGAAGAGUCAAGUGGUGGAGAAGACGAGGGUGAAGGAGAACACGAAGAUGAUGCUAUUGUCGGUGAGCCUACUAUUGCUGUCGGUACACAACCUAUAACUAUGGUGGAUGAUUCUGUGCCUGAGUCCUCUGUGUCAGCCGAAACCAUCGAAAAGAACACACCAUCUAGUCCUUCUCUUAACUCAUCUCGCCGUCGUGUUCAUAGCCGAAGUCCUACACCUGCCUUUCACCCUUACACAAACGCAUCUGGAAAGGUAACCAAGGCAAAAGUAACGCGGGAUCAACAAACACGUCAAAGCAAAAAAUAGAUACAAAGUUAAAAAAGACAAAACUGUGACAGGAAACUAUCUGCCUUCUUUCUUUCUUGCUUGUUUGUCUGCCUGUUGUCUUUGAUUGUUUAUUCAGUGAUACCUUCAGGGACAAAAACUAAGAAACACAUUAACAAAUUGAUUGAAGUUGAGUUCUCUAGACAUGUAUUAUACAAACUUAUUUCUGUUAUUAAACACCUUUGCUUUAUUUAUUUUUUUACACACACUCUCUCUCACUCUCUUACACACCCAGACUACUUAUUUAACUUAUACUUGGCCAUACCUGUUUAUAUAUCUCUUUCCGUCUAUCCACCCACAUUUUUUUUUGAAAAAUACACUAUACAAAAAACCAC